AUGGACCCGUGGAACAAGCUAGCUCAGGAAAUCGCUGUUGGCGCUGUGUACGACUCCAACGAACGCCAGCCGCACUCCAAGUGCCUCCCGGGAACGAGAGUCCGCCUUCUUGAAGCACUUCACCAGCACGUUGGCGACCCGGCACGCAAGAUCGUCUGGCUGUCCGGCGAGUCCGGGUGUGGGAAGUCAACGGUAGCGCAUACGCUGGCGGAAGAACUCCGCCGGGCAGACAAGCUCGCUGGGACAUUCUUUUUUUCCAGGAAACACACCAAGCGCAGUACGUUUGAUCACGUAAUUCUUACCUUAGCGUAUCAGCUGGGGUUGCACCAUCCUCAGGCCAGGGAAGUGAUUGCCAAAGCCAUCUCCGACGAUCCCUCCCUCCUUUCCACCGAGAGAUCGCACCGCGAUCAGCUCGAAGCCCUCGUCAUUGCCCCGCUGAAGGAGCUCGCGUUCAUCUGGAAAGAGCGGUCUCAGACUGGCAUGUCGAUCAUCCUGGACGCCCUCGACGAGGGUACGGCGAGCGGUGUAGAACAUCUUCUACCAUUCAUCUCCUUGCUUGCAUGUCUUCUCCGGGACAACGGCAUCCCCAUAGUCAAUAUUAUCCUCACCAGCCGACCAUUGCCUCACAUUGGCGCGGUCAUGAACGAAAACCAGCUGUCCGCUACGAUAAGAACAGUACAAGUCGAACAUCAUGAGUCGCGGGAGGACGUCCCCCUUUAUCUUCAGCAUGAAUUCAAACAGAUAUAUGACGCUCACGACAUGUCCAAUUCUUUCGACCCACGUUGGCCUCCUGAAAGCGAUCUAGUCAUGCUGGCGCAGCACGCGUCUGGUCGCUUCAUCUUCGCGGCAACUGUUGUCAGACUUAUCAAACAGAAUGACCAGCCCCGAGACCAACUACCGCUCGUUUGUGAAAUGAUACGCGGUCACGUAACACGAGUAUGGGGAAACAUUGAGCAUCUCUACUCCUCCAUCAUCGACCACAUCGACGCCUCCAUUCGAAGCGACGGACUGAAGUAUCUAUCGCUCGUCGUCAGCCUCGCCGAUACCUUAUCCCCUCAGAAUCUACGCAUCCUGUUCAGAGACGUUGAUGUUUACAGCUUUCUUCUUCCCUUUUCAGCUUUAAUUUCCCUCCCUCCCCGCGGCUCCCCCGAUCCUGUCCAAAUCUACCAUGCUUCACUACGCGACUUCUUACAGAACAGAGGCCAGAUCCGCGACACCGAUAAUGGCCAAUACCCCGAACCCGAUCUACAUCAUCGUCUAGCUUCUAACUGUUUCCGGACUAUGGCGACGCUGCUCAGGCACGACAUCUGCAACCUACGCGAUCCGUCGCUUCUUCACUCCGAGAUUCCCGACUUUGCUCAACGACGUGAUGAUUUACCCCGCGCGCUCCUGUACGCCUGUCGCCAUUGGCUAUAUCACAUUCAACAUACCUCUCCCGAUGGCGAAACUUAUGAUCUUCUCGCCGACUUCAUGAAACAGCGUGUUUUAUUUGCAAUAGAGGCCUACGCUAUCUUCGGUGAGCUCGAUACAUGCAUUGUGCAAUUCAGGGCCGCACGGCAACUCGUCAUGGGCUGGGACGGAGACUAUUUUCCAGAUAAGGACAAAAUAAUGGAGCUGCUAUACGACAGUUGGCGGCUGACUAUGACUUUCUUCGACCCUAUCAGUGCUUCAGCCCUCCACGUCUAUGAAUCAGCCCUACCAUUUGCGCCAGCCAAGUCGGAGAUUCGCCUCGUCUAUAAUCAUGUCCAACCAACAUCUUUUCAUUUUGAACAUGGUUUGGACGACGACUGGGAUUGCACCAUCCGUAUUGUGCAUCCGAAUAGGGAUGUUUAUACCAUUGCUUUAUCUCCAGACACCUCCCAUCUUGCGAUACAUGCUUAUUCCUCAAACCUAGCGGAAAUAUGGGACAUGGCGUCGGGUAUAGUCGUCAAGACGAGGCGUCUUGAAUUCCCCGAUGAUUCUGAAGGGUGGUCUACCAUUUCUUACAGCAACCGGAGCGUCGCCAUCAGCCUAUACCCUCUUCCAGCUCUUUUGAACGAUCCAUCUGAGGAUAUUGCCGGGAGAUGGAAAGCUAGAUCAGAAAUAUGGAUGUGGGAUCUCUCGUCGGACACUGUGUCUUCAAUCAAUCCUAUAGGAUCAGAACUGCUGGCGCCUUCAAUGACGCUGUCCUACGAUGGAGCCGCAGUCGCUUCUCUUUGGUAUCAUCCGAUAGAUUGGCAAGUGGAUGGUCACUGCGUUCUUCGUGUGCACAAUGCACACAGUCAUGACCAGCUAUUGGAGGCUCGUCUGAAGCUGAAGACUGAUGCCAUUAUCGACCUGCACGAGUGCCUUGAAUUCUCUUACGAUGGCAAAUUCCUCCUAUGUUAUCCUGGCAUCGAUCAAUCGGCCUAUAUCAUCAAUGUCGAUAGGGGCGAAAUAGAGCGAGUGAUAAAACAUCACUGGCUCGAUGACAGCCGAUUGCUAUUUGGUCUUUCAAGUAACUCGAUCAUCGUCCUCGGCCCUGCGAAUUCUCGGGAGACUCCACGCGUACUACCUAUACUCCUUGGCUCAUCUGAGUCACCACAGCAGCCGGAGUGGAUCUCGCUUGAUGGAUCAAAAGUAGGGAUAAGGAUAGGAGGGAUGAUUCGUGCCAUCGGGGUGGGGAACUCGAGAUGGAAUUCACAGACCGAAGAAAUCUUUAGUGUUCUCCAACUGGAAGACGAAUCGCUCCGUAUCAUCAACCUCAGUCGAGCUGCCACUCGUCAAGCGUCUUCAAGCACCUCGUUUUCCGAGACAGCCUAUUCAGAGGAGUGCCCUCAAUUCCAACCCUUUGAUACUAUUCAGUUUUCUCCAGAUAACACCAUCGUGGCCGUGUUGAAACCCACUAUGCGGGAUUCCCCGGCGCUACAGCGUCUAUUUGUAGUGUACUCUUUCGAGCGCGAUGCACUUGUGCAGCUCACGUCGCUGCCUCUCCCGGGCGGUAAUGAUGAAGAAGGUAUAUUCUGCUAUUACAUCCUCUCUGUCACGCGAAGGGGGAUCUGGCUGCUUCGUACGACAAGCAUCUGUCAGUCGGGAGGUGAUCCUCGUCAUCUGCUACGAUGGAACAGGGAUACCCGGGACGUCAUUGAGGUCACCCCUCCACUCAAAGGACCGUCCACAUACAUUGGCUUGAAUGCGUCGGUGGCCCUGUCUCCGAACGGAAAACGGCUUUACGGUCCAUUUUCCAGUAGAACGAACGCCAUGAAUCUGAAGAAUCCAGAAAACUACCCGCUAUACGAGCAAGCUAACAACCCUGAUUCAAUAGUUUACGAACCUGAUCAGUACGACGGGCCAGCUGUCAUAUUUGACGCUCAUUCCUGGUCAGAUCUAUGCGUCGACGCAGAUGGGUGGCUUCGACAACGGAGUAGGCGGAUAUGCUGGCUGCCUCCGAGGUAUCGACCUCACAGCCUGAGGCAGAACGGUUUGAAAUUGCGGAUAGACGGGAACAAGGUCACAAUACUAGGCCUUAGCGAUGGAAGGCGCAUUACUAUACGCCUCCUCAACACAGAUAUUCAGUACUAUGAUUCUGUAGAUCCUGCUUCGUAG